AUUGUUGGAGAGAAGGGGAGCAUAUAAAGGGAGCAAGAGAGGGAGCAAGAGAGGGAGCAAGAGAGGGAGCAAGUGGAGGAAACGACAAGGACAAAGGAGCUCACUGACGUCCAGAUAAGAUUCUAACGUUCUGCAAACAGACAUCACCAUGGCGUCCUGCACAGACUUCCCUUUCCCUGCGCUGAUCUUCUGCCUGCUCCUCGUCAGACCUUCACAGGCCUCUGAGGUCGACCCAGAUUAUAAUCCCGACUACACCCCCCCCUCUUCUCCACCCAAAACACAGCACCCAUUUUCAGGCAAGCGGUGUGACUACAGCUCGUGUCGUGAGGGUCAGGUCGCCUGUAACGUGUUGGCGGACUCCACCGGCUGCCUGUGUCCCGGCUUCACGUUACAGAACGUGGCUCCGGAGGCUCCCAGCCUGAUGUCAGUGUCCUGGAACGGCUCAGACGUCGUGGCUUUGUGGUGUGCACCUAAUUCCUACGUGACAGGUUACACCGUGACAGUCAGACAGACGCUGACCGGGAAGGAAGACAGGCUGACGCUCGGACAGGACAAGAGGAGCGGCGUGCUGGGCCACAUAGACCACGUCUCAGAGGUCUGUGUGGUGGCAGUGAACGAUGCUGGACAGAGUCCAGAGACGGCGUCCUGUCUGCCGUACGAGCCCCGGGACAGCAGCCUGCCCCUGAAAGCAGGACUCAUCGGGGGGGCGCUCGUCCUGCUGAUGCUCGUCCUGCUGGGCGUCCUCCUCUGGAGACGCCAGAGACAGAGGAAGCAGCAGAGCGGCAUCUCCAUGCAGGACGCUGAAGAAGGACCUCGUUAGAGUUAAUGAACUCAGGUCACAUGAUCACGCCUGAGGCUGGAGGAAGAGUUCAUCGUCUGUGUCAACUUUGAUUUUUUUAAUUAGAGACAGAAACAUUUCAUGACUGAGUCAAAUACUUUAAAUAUAAGUUCACUGUAAAUGUAACAAACUCUGAGAGUUUUUAUGUAUUUAAUUAAGAGUAAUUAUUUUACUGUGAUGAUUUGAUUUGUUGUCUCCAGUCUCAGAGACGACAGCUGUACUCGAGUAUUUGUCCUGAUUACAUUACUUCUGAUCUAACAGCCAAUCAUCAUCCAGGUCCCCAGCAGCAGCUGAUCUCACUGCCUAGUCCAGCAGCAGUCAGCCCAGCUCGGCGUCUGUCUUUCAGCCUUUUAUUUCACCAAGCUCUCACCAACCACUAAAAGUCAGUCCCACAUUUACUCUUGUGUGUAACAUGUUACAUGUGUGUCACAUGUUACAUGUGUGUCACAUGUUACAUGUGUGUUACAUGUUAAAGGUGUGUUACAUGUUAAAGGUGUGAGUCUUCAGUGAAGCAUGAGCAGAUCUUUGCUGGGCGUGUUUCGGCGUUUCCGUCCGUCGUGUUCUCGGAUGUGUUGUCAGCGUUCGUUCUGUUUUUCCAGCUGUCGGUUUCUUUCCAGAGGAUGUCGCUCUGUCAUCGAUCUCCAGCUCAUCUCACGGACACGUUACAAUUCAUCUCUGCUGUCUGAGACCACCUCAAGAUGCUUUUAAGACUUGUAUUCAGACUGUCUCUGAGACUGGGAGGCGAGUCCCGGACCUGUCUCUGAGACUGGGAGGCGAGUCCCGGACCUGUCUCUGAGACUGGGAGGCGAGUCCCGGACCUGUCUCUGAGACUGUGAGGCGAGUCCCGGACCUGUCUCUGAGACUGUGAACAGAUCAGGAUGUCUAAACUUUAAUGAGUGUUUAUUUCAACAUGAUGACGAAUUCUAUGAAUAAAGUCUUUUUU